UCGCGGUGGGUGGCGCAGGAGCUGCUGGCGGGGCUGCUUCGGGCCACGGGCUGCGGCUCGGUGCCUGAAUUCCUCCGCGGGCAGGACGAAGAGGAGGAAGGAAGGUUUGCAGCAGUGAUGGGGCUCCUGAAGCAGGAGCUGACCAAAGACGCUUGGAAGUGCAACCCUGCCAUGAAGCACGUGUUCUCCUGGACGCUGCUUCACAUCACCCGGCCCUGGCUCAGCCGUUACCUGGAGAGUGUUCUCCCGCCGUCGUUGCUCAUCUCAGAUGACUACCAGGAGGAGAAUAAAAUCCUGGGUGUGCGCUGCCUGCAUCAUAUCAUUCUCAAUGUGCCGGCUGCUGAUCUGUGCCAGUUCAACAGAGCUCAAGUGGUGUACCAUGCCCUUUACAACCAUCUCUAUUCGCGUGAGGCCCCUCUCAUCGAGGCGGUACUGCUGUGCUUGCUGGACUUGCUGCCUGUGCUGGAGAGAGCCCAGCGGCACCAGAAGGAGGCCCGGCCAACCGCCCCCUGCGAUGAGGUCUUGCAACUGGUUCUCACCCACAUGGAGGCAGAGCAUCGUGUUGCGCUGCGGCGGGUGUACGCCAGGACCCUGCCAGCCUUUGUGCAGAGACUUGGCAUCCAGAUAGCCCGGCACCUGAAGAGGCUGGAGCGGGUUAUCCUGGGGUAUCUGGAGGUCUGUGAUGGUCCUGAGGAGGAAGCUCGGCUGGGAAUACUGGAGACACUGCAAUGCACCAUAGAGCAUGCCUGGCCCAGAAUGCCAUGCAGGCUCCCUGUGCUCCUCAAGGCCCUCCUGAAGAUGAUCUGGGAUGUACACACUGACCAAGGUUCAACACCAGAGCCAGUAAAAGCAGCCUUGCUGCAGGGAGCCACUGAGUGCCUCAUCCUGCUGGAUCGGUGCUCUGAGGGGCAAGUGAAGAUCCUGCUGGAAGGAGUGUACAGCAGCUGUGAGGAGGGCCGUGUACGGGAGUGCAUCAGGAAAGUGCAAGAGAACACGUGAGGCAUGGCUGAUCCGACGUUCACCCUGCUUUUGUAUAGUAAACUAUUUUUUUAUUUAAAGUUA